ACAGUGCCGAACCGACCGCGAUGGCGGAGGCGACUUGGUGGUACCGAGGAGGUGAGGGUGGGGGCGCCUAGAGAGUAGGUAACCCAGGACCCAUUGGCAACUCCACGUACCCAGAACUCUGAUCCCCAUACCCCCCACUCUUGUGAGAGAUGGCGGCCUGCUAGGCUCUUGUCACCUCCGCGGGUGUUAGUCACAGAGGGAGUCACGCCCUUGACCGCUGCAGCUGGAGUCCCUUGUUCAUCUUAACAGGACCUUGGGAGAAAUGCUUGUGGUAUGAAAUCUGUCAGCUUAUACCCAUAAAAUAUGACUGCCCACUCCAUAGCAAAAUUUAGCAGUUACUCCUGGCUCAAGUGAGAAGUUAAAAGGAACCAGAAGCCACUAGAAACAGUCAUGUUUCCCUCCCCACCCCACCCCCAUCUUUGUUACUUAUAAGCAUUAUAGUUACCCAGCAAUAUGAAGAAAGAGCUUGUUUUACAUCUCCCAGGGACUUCGAAACAUGAUCUGCGUUACAGAAGGGACGCCGAGGUCAACACCACUCUUGAAGAGCUGUUACUCUACUUUAUUUUUUUAAUAAAUCUAUGUAUAUUGACUUUUGGGAUGGUCAAUCCACAUAUGUACUACUUAAACAAAGUCAUGACAUCCCUGUUCGUGGACACCUCUCUCCCUAAUGACGAAAGAAGCAGCUUCAGGUCCAUCCGGAGCAUAGCUGAUUUCUGGAAGUUCAUGGAAGGACCCCUUCUGGAAGGCUUGUACUGGGACUCGUGGUACAAUCACCAGCAGUUAUACAGUUUGAAAAACAGCAGCCGCAUCUACUGCGAGAACAUCCUUCUCGGAGUCGCCAGGGUGCGGCAGCUGAGAGUGCGCAACAACACUUGCAAGGUCUACUCAGAGUUUCAGUCACUCGUCAGCGACUGCUACAACAAAUACACAGCUGAAAACGAAGACCUGUCUGAUUUUGGCCUCAAAAGUGAUACAGAAUGGAAGUACUCGGCUCCCCCCGCCAACGCCCCUUGGCACUGGGGUUUUGUCGGCGUGUACCGAGAUGGAGGAUAUAUAGUCACGUUGUCAAAGUCAAAGUCUGAAACCAAAACCAAGUUCGCUGACCUGCGGCUGAACAGCUGGGUCACCAGAGGGACCAGAGUUGUUUUUAUUGACUUUUCAUUAUACAAUGCUAAUGUCAAUCUGUUUUGCACCAUCAGGCUGGUGGCGGAGUUCCCUGCGACCGGCGGGCUCCUCACCUCGUGGCACAUCUACUCAGUGAAGCUCCUCAGAUACGUUACCUACUACGAUUACUUCAUUGCAUCCUGUGAGGUCAUAUUUUGCAUUUUUCUUUUUGUCUUCAUAAUGCAAGAACUGAAAAAACUGAACGAGUUCAAGUCUGCCUAUUUCAAAAGCAUUUGGAACUGGCUGGAGAUGCUGCUCCUGGCGCUUUGUUUUCUGGCUGUUUCUUUCUAUGCCUACUGUAACAUGCAGAAUUUUAUCUUGCUUGGACGGCUGUUGAGAAACAGGGAAGAGUAUCCGGACUUCUAUUUUCUCGCAUACUGGCACAUUUACUAUAACAACAUACUUGCUAUCACUAUCUUCUUUGCGUGGAUAAAGAUAUUCAAGUUCAUAAGCUUCAACGAGACCAUGUCUCAGCUGUCGUCAACCCUCUCCCGCUGCAUGAAGGACAUAGUGGGGUUCGCGAUCAUGUUCUUCAUCAUAUUCUCUGCCUACGCACAGCUAGGAUUCCUUGUGUUUGGGUCCCAGGUUGAUGACUUCUCCACUUUUCAAAAUUCCAUAUUUGCACAAUUUCGAAUUGUCCUUGGGGACUUUAACUUUGCUGGCAUCCAGCAGGCCAACUGGAUCUUGGGGCCCGUCUACUUCAUCACGUUCAUCUUCUUUGUGUUCUUUGUACUCCUGAACAUGUUCUUGGCAAUAAUUAAUGACACCUAUUCUGAAGUGAAGGCUGAUUACUCUAUAGGCAGAAGACCGGAUUUUGAACUUGGUAACAUAAUUAAGAAGAGUUACUUUAAUGUUCUCGAGAAACUCAGAUUGAAGAAAGCUCAAGAUGAUGAAGACAAGAAAAUGAAAACAACCAAAGAGUUGGCCCAGCAAGCCAGAAAAGAAGGCUUUAGUGAAAACGAGAUCCAAGGGGCAGAGCAUAUGAAAACAUGGAAGGAAAGGCUUGAGAAAAAGUAUUAUUCUACAGAAAUUCAAGAUGACUACCAGCCUGUCACUCAGCAAGAAUUUCGAGAACUCUUUUUAUACGCUGUGGAGCUUGAAAAGGAAUUACACUACAUCAGCUUAAAACUAAACCAAAUGAUGAGAAAGCUACAAUAGCAAUACUGAAGAGAAGUGGAG